AUGGCAGUGGCUACUGUGGAUUAUCUGGUAUUUCAGGCACUAAAGGUGGUGGGAAAUAAAGGUACUGGGGGGGAAAACAUAGGGACUAAAGGAGUUGGUGUAAACACAUCAGUUGGUGGUGAUCCUAUAAGUGGUAGAAAUGGUGGCAAGUCUUCUUCGGGUGGUGGUGGUGUUAGUAUUGGUAGAAAGGGUGCUGGUGUCACCUCAUCAGCGGGUGGCGAAUCUUGCUCUGGUGGUGGAUUAAAUGAGGGCAAUGGUGGUGGUAGUGCAAAUUCAUCCGGUGGCAAAUUUGGGACUAGUGGUGGCGGAGGUGUGAAUUCAGGUGGAGGUAAUAGCCAUGGAUUUAAUGGUGAUGGUGUCACUUCGGGUGGUGGUGGUGGUGAAGGGACUAGUGGAGGUGGUGGGAAUACUAAUGGUGCUGGAGAAGGAGCCAGUGGUGGUGGUGGAGAAGGAGCCAGUGGUGGUGGGGGUGGUGGUGAAGAAGGUGGUGACACUGGUGGAGGUGGAGAUGGGGGUGGCGGUGAAGAAGGUGGCGACACUGGUGGAGGUGGAGAUGGUGGUGGCGGUGGAGAAGGUGGUGACACUGGUGGCGGUGAAGAAGGUGGUGGGGACUCAACAAAGGGUGGCGGGUAUGGGACUGCGGGAGGUGGUGAUGGUACUACUGGAGGUUGCACUGUUGGUGGUGCAGACGGGACAAGGGGGAGUGGAGGAGGAGAAGGCACUUGA